AUGGAAGGCCUCAAGAAGACAUUUGCCCACUGCAAAGCGCAGGGCCGGGCUGCACUGGUCACUUAUGUGACUGCUGGCUUCCCCAAGCCCGAGCAUACCGCAGAUGUCCUGCUGGCCAUGGAGAAGGGAGGAGCUGAUGUUCUCGAGCUUGGUGUGCCCUUUUCUGACCCAAUCGCCGACGGCCCGACUAUUCAGACCUCGAACACUGUCGCCCUCAAGAAUGGCGUUACGAUCGAAUCGACCUUGCAGAUGGUCCGCGAUGCCCGGAAACGCGGACUGAAGGCCCCAGUGCUGCUGAUGGGCUACUACAACCCUCUGCUUGCCUACGGCGAGGACAACCUCCUGCGCGACUGCACCGACGCCGGCGUCAAUGGCUUCAUUGUCGUCGAUCUACCCCCCGAGGAGGCCGUGUCCUUCCGCAAGCUGUGCACCAAGGGCGGACUGUCUUACGUCCCCCUGAUUGCUCCCGCUACCUCUGAUGCCCGUAUGCGCAUUCUUUGCCAGCUCGCCGACUCGUUCAUCUACGUCGUCUCCCGCCAGGGUGUCACUGGCGCCCUUGGCACUCUCAAUGCCCACCUUCCAGAGCUCGUUGCUCGUGUCAAGAAAUACUCUGGCGACAAGCCCGCCGCCGUCGGCUUUGGUGUUUCCACCAGAGAGCACUUCCAGAGCGUCGCCCAGAUUGCAGAUGGUGUUGUCGUUGGCAGCAUGCUUGUCACUACACUACAGAAGGCACCCCAGGGAGGCGAGGCCAAGGCUGUCCAGGAGUACUGCUCAUACCUCUGCGGCCGUACCCCCGAGGAGAAUCUCACAAGAGAAGUCGGUGUUGUGGAGGCCAUCUCGGCCGCGCGGGAGCCCAACGGUGAGGCUACUCCAAGCGCCGUCAUCACCAACGGUGAUGUGCGCGGUGACGAUUCUGCUCUAGUAGCAGAGCUGUCGGCUCUACAUGGCAAGAUCCCCGAUCGUUUCGGCGAGUUUGGUGGUCAAUUCGUCCCCGAGUCGCUCAUGGACUGCUUGUCAGAGUUAGAAGAGGGCUUCAACAAGAUCAAGGAUGACCCUGAGUUCUGGGAAGAGUAUAGAUCAUACUAUGAUUACAUUGGUCGGCCGGGACAUCUUCAUCUAGCUGAGCGCUUGACGGAGUAUGCUGGCGGUGCCAAGAUCUGGUUGAAGAGAGAAGACUUGAAUCACACUGGAUCUCAUAAGAUCAAUAACGCAUUGGGUCAGAUUUUGCUAGCGAGAAGACUCGGAAAGACAAAGAUCAUCGCUGAGACAGGUGCUGGUCAGCACGGUGUGGCUACCGCUACUGUCUGUGCCAAGUUCGGCAUGGAGUGCACAGUCUACAUGGGCGCUGAGGAUGUUCGUCGUCAAGCCCUUAACGUCUUCCGCAUGAAGCUGCUUGGUGCGAAGGUUGUCGCUGUUGAGGCCGGCACCCAGACUCUUCGUGAUGCUGUCAACGAAGCCAUGCGUGCCUGGGUGGUGCUUCUCGAGGACACUCACUACAUCAUUGGCUCUGCUAUCGGCCCUCAUCCCUUCCCGACCAUCGUUCGUACGUUCCAGUCUGUCAUCGGAAACGAGACAAAGGCGCAGAUGCUCGAGAAGCGAGGCAAGCUCCCUGAUGCGGUUGUCGCUUGCGUUGGUGGUGGUAGCAAUGCUGUGGGCAUGUUCUACCCCUUCAGCAAAGACCCCUCUGUCAAGCUUCUCGGUGUGGAGGCUGGCGGUGAUGGUGUCGAGACUAUGCGUCACUCGGCUACUCUCACGGGCGGUUCGAAGGGUGUGCUCCACGGCGUGAGAACCUACGUUCUCCAGAACGAGCACGGCCAGAUCCAGGAUACGCACUCCGUAUCGGCAGGUCUCGACUACCCCGGCGUCGGACCCGAGCUGUCGCAGUGGAAGGACAGCGAGCGGGCCAAGUUCAUCGCCGCCACUGAUGCACAGGCCUUCCAAGGCUUCCGUCUGAUCAGCGAGCUGGAGGGUAUCAUCCCUGCGCUGGAGUCCGCUCACGGUAUCUACGGUGCCCUUGAAUUGGCCAAGACAAUGACGCCUGACCAGGACAUUGUCAUCUGUCUCAGCGGCCGUGGAGACAAAGACGUCCAGAGCGUCGCCGAUGAGCUGCCUAGACUUGGGCCCCAGAUUGGCUGGGACCUGAGAUUCUAG